UUUAAACUAUAAAGAUCUACAACACGUAUACUAAUAAAUAUGGUUUUGGAAUUAAGCAUGUCUCAUCAGAAUAUUCCUGAUAUUACUGUGGACAAAUAUGAAGAAAAUGUGGAUCUUCAAAAUAAUUGUAGAUCAUUUUACUUGAAUCGUAAGAAGGCGUCAGAAGAUUUCAAGCAAUCACUUAAUGAACAUAGUGAAAAGAAUGUCGGUACAGGGAAAAGAACCUCACUUUCUACGGCUAUGGAUAAGCUACGAGAAGAAAUGGCUUCGCUUGUGGACCAAGACUUAUCAUUGAUGAAGCAACUAAUGACAUUGAAUGAAACAAUAGAAGAAAUAAAAACCAAGAGACUGUAUGGCGUGAGCAAAGACUCUGUAGCGGAAAGUAUAGAUGGUGUUGACAGGAGAGAAACAAAUAUGCCCCAAAGUAUGUCUACUCUAUCAUUGAACAGUGACCACUGAAGUUAAAAUAGUAAUGGUAAAAAUGCAAACGACGCAGAGAUUUCCAAAAAACAGCGGUCCAAUAUACUGCUACUGAUUCUGGAUAUUGAUAACUAGCAGAAUCGAUAUUCUAGUCUUAGAUGAUAUAGAUUGAUCUCAGAACAUUGAACAUCUAUAAGUUAUACAACAGCAUUGUCCAUUAUGUCCAUUAUACAUGUACACUCUGGUUCCACAAACGAGCAUUCAAAGUAGUGAUAGUCUUAGAUAGACGAUGUUUUAUCCGGACUUAUAGAAAUAUAAUACUCAUGUCCAAAGCAGUGAUACUCACAAGCAGACAAUUUCUCAUACGAACUAUAUAGAAAUUUAAUACCCAUGACUCGUCGCUCUUUCAUUUAAUUAUGUUGUUAUUGUUUAUUUGUCUUUAUAUAUAUUUUAUGAUAAAAAAUAUGUUGUUAUGAAUUGAUUAUGUGAGCAAAUAAACUCAUCAUAAAUACCAGAA